AGCUCCUCACCCCCGACACCACAACACAAUGAUUGCGCAAUCCAUCAGGGCCUCGCGCCAGGCGCUCGUCCGCGUCGCCCGGCAGCAACCUGGGUGCGUUGCUCGCCGCACCUUCAUCACCCCCACGGCCGUCCGAUCAGCCGACCUGGUGCAGGACCUGUACCUCCGCGAGCUGAAGAACUACAAGGUGCCGCAAGUCAAGGCCUCGGACGCCGAGGGCCAGGUCAAGAAGUUCUCGAUGCCCAAGGCCCCCGCGUCGCCCGAGGAGACGGACAUUGCAAGCGAGCUCAAGGCAUACGAGACACAGGCUGUUGAGGUGGAGGGCGCAGCGUCCGAGGGCGGCGAGGUGCUGCCGCAGGAGGACUGGUUCGAGGAGGAGGACGAGAGCAUCACGACUGCCGGUGCCACGCACUAGAGGCAGACUGCUGGGCUGAAGGGCUACAUGUAUCAAAAUACUAGCGGCAGUGUCAAUACUACUGGGCAAAGGCGAAGCCGAGCUAUUGGACGCAUUGUCUGGGAACC